AUGAAACGAAGGACCAAUUUCGACAGUGUGAAAGUACGCAAAUCAACUCGACGUCCUCGUCUUACUGAGGGAAUCUAUGGAAGUGCUUUAAUGUACCUGAAAUUCAUUUGUAUAUGGGGUGUCAUCAUGGCAGCUGAUUUUCUUCUUGAAUUUCGAUUUGAAUUUCUUUGGCCAUUUUGGCUUGUUUUACGAAGUAUUUGUGAUUCAUUUAAGUACCAAGGAUUGCUUUUCUCGAUAUUCUUUGUACUUAUUGCAUUCGUAACCGAUCUCAUUUGUUAUAUACUAUUACCUGUACAAUGGCUAUUCUUUGCCGCAAGUAGUUAUGUCUGGAUUCAGUAUGUUUGGCAAACAGAACGUGGAAUCUGCCUUGGUACGGUUGUUCUCUGGGUAUUAUUUGUGUGGCUUGAAGCAUCAGUACGAUUACGUGAAAUUAAAACUAUAGAUCUUUGUCGACCAUUUGCUGCGCAUUGUAUCGGCUAUCCGAUGGUAACAUUAGGUUUUGGUUUUAAAACGUAUCUUGCUUAUAAAUGGAGAUUGAGAAAACAACGUGAUGUACGGAAAACGAAUGAAACGUACAUUCAAUUAAUUAAUCAAGCAUUGCCAGUUGAAAUUCAACAAGAAGCAGAGAAAGAACGAUUGAGCCGAGAAAAAGGUGCAUUCUCUGAGAAUUAUGAUGACUUAUCACAAACCAACAGUGAUGGAACUUAUCCGCCAUCUCCUUCGCCUUCGUCAACUAUUGUUACAAAUUUUAGUUCGACUUCAUUAUCUAAUAAUUCAACAGUUAAUAAUUCCCAGACACAAUCGUCAUCAUUUUGUACAGUUUCAAAACGUUCAUCCAAAGUAAAUCCAACUACCAUAAAUAAUUCUGAUGGACUAUCUUCAUCGAAUUCAAACCCACUUGUACAGACAACAACACGUAAUAAUAAAAUUCAGACAACGACAACGACAACGACAGCAACCAAUGGACAUGACGAUAGUUCAUUAUCGUUUAAACAACAGAAACAGAAUUCAUCACUAUCGAAUCUUAAUAAUGCAACAAAUCAACAGCAGAAAAAACAGUCACAAAAAUCUUCAAAUUCACAGCAACAGACAUCGACGAAUACUCAAAGUCGGCGGCAAUCGAAAAAACAGGAACCAGCGCAACCGGUAUCACGUGAUUCAUCUGCUUCAUAUGUCAAUGGUUUCGAAGUCCCUACUUUGAUUGACAAUUCAGAUAUUGAAAAGAAUCUACAAAUUAGUAAAUUAGAAGCUGAUAUACAAAGAUUGAAUCAAACGCUUGACAAGCAUAAGUAUUCGGAAAUACAAUUACGCACACAAGUAACGGACUUGAAAAAUCUUCGAAGAGAUCUAGAAGAUAUGCGUGCUGAAAAUAAUGAUCUGAAAACAAAAUAUGAUUCAGUUAAUACUCAACGGCAACGUGAUAAACAACGUCUAACUGAUCUUGAACGAAAUUUGAAUGAGGAACGACUAAAUAAACAACGCUUAGAGUCGCAAAUUAAAACAGAAAAAUCUUUAACGAAAAAGCUUCAAGAUGAUCUAACAAAAAUAAGUUUAACACCAGCAAAAAGUGAAUGUACAGAACAAUGUUUGAAGCGAAAACGUGAUCUAGAGAAUGAAACACGCGAAAUACGUAAAUUGCUUAAUGACAAAGACGAACGAAUAAAAAUACUUGACAAUGAAAUUAAAGGUCUUAAAUAUCGUGAAUCUCAAGCGGAUACUGAAGUUCUCUAUCAACAUUUAUCACAAAUAGGAGAACGAAAUGCUCAGCUACAAGAUAGUCUUAGUGCUGAAACUCGAAUUAAACUUGAUCUUUUCUCUGCACUCGGUGAAGUUAAACGAGAACUUGAAAUAGCCAACGGUGCUAUUCGAGAAAAAGAACGUGAACUGAUCAUUGCAUUACAAUCUCAACACCAACCAAAUAAUUGUAUAUUCAAUGGUCAUCCUCAUUCACAUUGUUCAACAUCAUCUGGACACUCAUCACCAACACAUCAAUUAAUUGACACAAAUAAUAAUCCAACAACAAUGACUUCGUCAUGUUCAACAACUAUGUUUUAUCCUCCAACUGCUGUUACACCACCACCACUACAAAAUGCUACAUCUAAUCUCGAUCCGAAUGCUCAAGAUUUUUGUUUAUCAACACAUUCGACAAGCAACAACUAA